UGGCGUGCAGGCAGGGGCUACCCCAACUUGUGGCGAGGAGAGGCGCAGCGGACUAUCGCGCUUAUCGCGAGGCACCGCCGCCUCCAGUCGUGGAGAACGCGAGGCAUGGACUACAGCAGCACUCCGGCUCGAAACCCAACAUCAGUCACACCAGACUUGAUAAUGCAGCCGUUCGUCAGAGACCCUCCUCAGCCAGAGGCGGCCAACGCUCCCAACACUCCUUCUGGCAACAACACUCUCGGACUCAUGCGACUCCAUUCCAGCCUCAGUAUUGUGGUAGAUGAUGUGGACGAAGUGGAGUCGUCAAUAAGCACACCGGGCCGCGAAGGCCCCGACUCGCCACGGCACCGACAGUUGGCGCGAAAUCUGUCCGCCGCUUCGCUUACCUCGCACGAGGACUCAAUGGACCAGACGUGCACGGAGCCGUCGUCACCAGGACUCCACGCCGGCACAACUCUCACCAAGCAAAAGUCCUAUGAGCGACUUCAACAGAUCAUGGACGAGGUUGAGAACCGGAAGAGCGAGUUUGCGCGCCUGCUGGAGGAGCACGCUCAGGUGGUGGCGCGUCUGAAGGCCAUCGAGAACACCGGCCGAGCAGCGGCCAUUCUGCCCCAAGAGAGUGCGGCCAUGUAGGCCUCCUGUGUGCGUGUCAAGGACAAUAAGCGUCAGAAAAAGUGUAGCCUCUCGCAGCUGAUCAUCAAUAUGAAGGCUUAACUUUUCAACUUUUGGUCACAGCCAAAUUUUUUAAUUGUUUUUGGUACUUCUUUCAAAUUUUUAAUUUUAUUUCCUUGGUCUCUGGAAUUUUUCAAAGUUAAUUAAAAAUUUUCCAAUUUUCAGCAAAGAAAAUUUCUGGUUUUUAAACAUUCCAAGCUGAGUUUAUAUUUUGGGUGGAGAAAAGUUAAGCCUCAAUAUCUGGGACCCGAUAGAAAUAAGAUGAGAACAAAUGUUAUACUUUAACAGCAAAACAUUAGCCAAGCAAGAUUCGCAUGCGAAACACAACAGCGAGCUGUUGCGCGACGGUUUUGAUGACAGGAAAUUUUGGUUUGGCAAGAAGUAAAAUGCAUAACUAUAGAGCUGUAAGAUUUUAAAUUAUUGAGAGAGAAAAAGGCGGCAGAGAAUUUUCUUAUCACCAACAGUGAAUUUUUAGCACGCCCAUAUUUUGAUAUAUGUGCUUACGUUUUGAUAAAAAAAAUUGUUCAACGCAGGUAUGUAGUUCAAUUAAAAAUUCUAACUUUUAGAGAAAACUUCUUUAUCGGAAAAAUUGUGCCAUGCCAAAGCAGGGUUAGGAUUGUAAGCAUUGAUAAAAAAUUUAGCAUUAGAGGCGGCAGCAGAUUUAAUAUUUCAUCAAUAAUCUGGAAAACGAUCGCAUUUCAUUUGACGAUUCUGAGCUCACAGCGUAGAGGGAAGAAAGAAUUCGUUAAAAUCUCCACAAAUCCCUUUGCGAUUAUAAUUUAUUUUUCCUACUUGUAACUUCAGUUGUGAACAAAUUAAAAAAAUUAUUAUGUGCUUUGAUUGAUAAAUAGUAUUUGUAAAGGAGCAAGAAGUAUUUUCUGCCUGAAAACUGAUUGUAAAACUUGACGAAUUGAAAAUCAAACUGCGAUGGCAAUAUCACGAACAGUACUUCUUGUUAAAAUUCGAAAAGUAACUUAAAUCAGAAUUGGGUGAUAAUUUCCGACAGCACACAAAUGGAUGAACAAUUGAUUCGCUUAAAUUGUAUUGAUUAAAAGCGUUAAGCUCCGAAGAGGACACACAUGUUUAAGGUACCCCACAUGCUAUACUCUCCGACUGUAUGUUAUUUGCUAAUGUAUUGAUUAAUUAACUUGAUGUCUACGGUGACGGAUACAAUUGAUUCUAACAAGUCAAAAUGCGGCUAGCAGAUUAAUGAACCAAUUGGAGCGUAGAGAAUAAAGUGGUUGUAAGGCCCAAAAAUUAAUUAAAUGAUUGCAGGUUUUGGUAAAAACUAUAAUAGAAUUUAGAGGCGGUUCUUCUACCAAGGACGCAAAAACGUAAAUAUUUUUGCCUUACGCCAGCAGGAGAUAAUUUUAAGUCGCAACACCAUUUAAGAGCAUAAGUGAGCGUUUAUUUGUAAAUAUGUAUGCGCAGAUUUGAAAUUGUAGCUUGAGUAAAGCAGGAUAAUAAUGCAAAUUGU